AUGGCUUCAAAAGGGACAGACCACACUAUUGGUGAUUCCACUCACUCAAAGUCAAAACCAUCAACUACUGCAAGUUGUACUCCAAUUAGCGUCGAUGAGUAUGAAAGUCCAGCAGAUAUUGUUUUCGAUCCUAACGUGUUACCUAUAACAAGUAAGCACACUUCGGCGGUUUGGAAUGAUUUCAAGAGAAAGAGAGUUGGUGGGGUAGAGAAGGUUGAGUGCAAUCAUUGCAAUAAGCUACUUUCCGCCGGUGCAAAGGCGGGAACUUCUCAUUUGAAGGACCACAUUAAAAGUUGUCCAAAGCGAAUAUGUCAAGAUCUUGGGCAAACAAGAUUAUUUGGUACACAACAUAAUGUGAAUGAUAGUAGUGAUUCUUUGACUUUGGCUCCUUAUGAAUUCUGUCAAGAAGAUGGAAGAAAGGACUUGGCCGAGAUGAUUAUAUUGCAUGAGUACCCCAUUAGCAUGGUUCAGCACUAUGGCUUCAGGAAGUACUCUAAAACUUUACAUCCUGGUUUUGAAGUACCGUAUCGUACCACUACUAGGAAGGAUAUAAUGAAGAGAUAUGAGGAUGAGAAGGACAAUAUUCUAGCUUUGUUGAGGAAAGUCAAAAGUCGAAUUUCAUUAACUACGGACAUGUGGAUUGCAAGUAAUCAAAGGAAAGGCUAUAUGGCAGUCACUUCACAUUUCAUUGAUAAUGCAUGGAAGUUGCAAAGUCGAAUCAUAAGGUUUCUUUAUGUCCCUGCCCCACAUAAUGUUGAGGUUCUUGCCGAUGCACUAAAAAAAUGCAUUCAAUCAUGGAACUUGGAUUUGAGAUUGGCAUAUAUCACAGUAGAUAAUUGUACGACUAAUGAUGCUAUGAUGGACAUCAUGAAGGACUCUUUCCCGUAUGGUUCUCUACUUUUGGAUGGUGAGUUCUUACAUAUGCAUUGCUGUGCUCAUAUACUUAAUAUAAUUGUUCAAGAUGGGUUAAAUGAUGUAGUGUAUGAUGGAGUUAAUCGAAUAAGGGAAAGUGUUGUGUUCUGGACUGGUUUUGAUAAGAGAGUGCAAAAGUUUGAAGGUGUAGCUAAUCAAUUAGCCUCCGAUUACAAAAGGAAAUUAACCCUUGAUUGUAAAACUCGUUGGAAUUCAACAUAUGAAAUGCUUUGUGUUGCUAUUAAUUAUAAGGAAGUGUUUGCUGUUUUAAGUGGUCGAGAUAAACUAUACAAAAACCCACCAACUCCUGAAGAUUGGGAAAAAGUUGGGAAAAUAUGUGAGUUAUUGGAAGUGUUUGCUAAACUUACCCUUGAUUUCUCUGCCUCAAAAACUCCUACGACUAAUAUUUACUUUUCUAAAAUUUGCAAAUUUAAAAUUGCUCUAUCUACUUGGCUUUCAUCUCCAUAUGAUUAUGUUGUGAAGAUGGCGGAAGUAAUAUUAGAGAAAUAUAAGAAAUAUUGGGAUAGUAUGAAUGGUUUGAUGGGAGUUGCAACUAUACUUGAUCCUAGGUAUAAAAUGGCUCUAUUCGAUUUUAUUUUGCAAAGAUACUUGAUAAAUAUGAAUAUGAUAGAGAGGUUAGUAGAAUUAUCAAUCUAUUAA